AGAGAGAGAGAGAGAGAGAGACAGAACUAUUAUCUCUGUGUGUGUGUGUGUUUCUUUAGGUUGGAGUAUGCAGGGGAGAUCAGAAUCAAACCAGGACUAAGAAAAUAUGCGUGUGAUGUCACACUGGACCCAAACACAGCACACACACGUCUGUCUCUGUCUGAGGGGAACAGAAAGGUGACGUGUGUGGAGGAGCAUCAGCAGCAGCAUCGGUGGUAUGGUCGUCAUCUAGAGAGAUUUGAUGAGUGUGUGAGGGAGCAGCAGCAUCGGUGGUAUCCUGAUCAUCCAGAGAGAUUUGAUGUUCGUAAGCAGGUUGUGUGUAGAGAGAGUCUGACUGGACCCUGUUACUGGGAGGCUGAGUGGAGUGGGAAGGCUGUUAUAUCAGUGACAUAUAAAGACAUCAGGAGGAAAGGAGGCAGUAGAGAAUGUGGGUUUGGAUGUAAUCUAAAGUCCUGGAGUCUGUUCUGCUCUAAUAACAGUUACUCUGUCUUUCACAAUAAGAAGAAAACUGCCCUCUCUGCCCCCUGCAGCUCUAACAGAGUAGGAGUGUAUCUGGACUGGGCUGCAGGCACUCUGUCCUUCUACAGCGUCUCCUCUCUCACACACACACUCACACGCUUACACACAUUCCACUCCACAUUCACUGAGCCCCUCUAUGCAGGGUUUGGG